GGCCGUGAUCCCUGAUGAUGGACUUAAGGGAAACGCCCCGCUUUAGUUUUAUUUUCUGAUGCCGCAGAGAGAGAAAGAAAUCAAUCGGUAGGCAUAUUUGUGUGCGACGAACCUCACCAUACCAUUGCGCACUCACCUUCUUUUCCUGUGCUUGCCGCCUCGGCCCGCUCUCCUUCGCCUUCGUGCGACUCAAGAAGUUCGAUUCCGGUCGCUGCUGUGUACAUUUGCAAGUGUAGCGCAGUGCCUGUCGGAUUCUGUUCUCUGUAAGGUUCCAUUUCAAGCAUUAGAGAUUGAGAUUCUCAAAUGUCUGGUUUGCCAAUUGCACAAUUUGUCAGAGGUCCUGCUCCAAGAGGUGCAGCAAAACUAGAUCAUGGAUGCAAGAAUCAUACAAGUGGCAACAGUACAUUACUGUGCUCAAAUGGAUCGAUGGAAAGAAUCAGGGAGCAUUUGCAGAAGAUUGAACUUUCAGCUUCAUCUUAUGAUACUGCAUGGGUAGCAAUGGUCCCUUCUCCAAUGUCUCCUCAGCGUCCAUGUUUCCCACAAUGUCUGAAUUGGAUAUUAGACAAUCAACAUCCUGAUGGCUCAUGGGGACUUCAUCAUUUCCAUCCCUCUCUUAUUAAUGAUGGUCUGUCUUCCACGUUGGCAUGUAUACUUGCACUUGAGCGAUGGAAAUCUGGUCAAGAACAUGUUAGGAGAGGUCUCAGCUUUAUUGAAAGUAACUUUUCCCGCAUUGUCGAUGAGCAAUUGCAUUCUCCUAUUGGCUUUGAUAUUAUAUUUCCUUGUAUGCUUGAAUAUGCCCUCAACAUUGGUUUAGAAAUUCCCAUCGACCAAAGUGACAUAAAUAACAUGCUUUGCAAGCGAGAUGCAGAACUACAAAGAGAACAAGGAAACAAUUGUGAGGGACGAAAAGCCUAUUUAGCAUAUGUUGCAGAAGGAUUGGGGAAUAUAUUGGACUGGAGAGAAAUUAUGAAAUAUCAAAGGGAAAAUGGAUCACUAUUCAAUUCACCAUCCACAACUGCUGCUGCACUGAUGCAUAUUUAUGAUGCUAAAGCUCUCGAGUAUUUGCGUUCUCUUCUAUCGAGGUUUGGCUGUUCAGUUCCUACUUCAUAUCCUGUAGAUGUGCAUAUACAUCUUUGCAUGAUUGACGACAUUGAAAGGUUGGGAGUCGCUCGACAUUUUAGUCGCGAGAUAAAGAGUAUUUUGGACAGAAUAUAUAGAUGCUGGUUGCUAAAUGAUGAAGAAAUUAGUUCAGACAUGGCCACAUGUGCCAUGGCUUUUCGUCUUUUACGAAUGAAUGGAUAUGAUGUAUCCUCAGAUUGCUUUUCCCAGUUCAGUGAAGUAAACUAUUUCUACAACUCCCUGCAAGGAUACCUAAAAGAUGUGAGUACUGUUUUGGAACUUUACAAGGCAUCACAAAUCAAAAUCUCACCAAAUGAACAAGUUUUAGAUAAACUGGGCUCCUGGUCAAGAGACUUUCUCAAGCAAGCAUUGAUUAGCAACCAAAAACUUGGACCGCAAGUUGCUUUACAAGAGGUAGAUUAUGCUCUAAACUUUCCGUUUUAUUCAAAUCUUGAUCGCCUAGAGCACAAAAGAAAUAUUGAGAACUUCGGUGCUGAAAAGUUCCAUGUUCUCAAAACAUCAUACCAAUAUGGUGGUAUAAAUGACAAUAAUCUCUUAGGACUGGCACUGGAAGAUUUCUGUACUACUCAGUCUAUCUAUCACAAGGAACUCCAAAAUCUUGAGGAUUGGGUCAAAGAGAAUAAAUUGGAUCAGCUAGAAUUUGCCCGGCAGAAGCAGGCAUAUUGCUAUUUUUCUGCUGCUGCGACUCUUUUCUCUCCUGAAAUGUCUGAAGCUCGCAUUUCCUGGGCCAAAAAUAGUAUUCUCACCACUGUUGUUGAUGACUUCUUCGACUUUGGAGGAUCCAGAGAAGAGCUUGAAAGUCUUAUUUCGUUGGUUGAGAAGUGGGAUGGAACUUGGAAAGAAGAGUCCUGCUCAGAACAAGUCAAGAUUAUUUUUUCUGCUCUGUUUAAUACAAUAAAUGAGCUCAGCAUUAGGGCAUCUGCAUUGCAGCAGCGUAGUAUCACCCACCAUUUAGUUGAAAUAUGGCUUAGUUUGAUGAAGUCCAUGAUGAAAGAGGCAGAGUGGACACACAACAAAGAAGUUCCAUCACUGGAUGAGUACAUGUUGAAUGGAUGUGUGUCCUUUGCUUUAGGACCAAUUAUCCUCCCAGCGCUCUAUUUUGUUGGGCCACAGCUUCCUGAAUAUGUUGUCAAUCAUCCAGAAUAUCUGAAUUUGCUCAAACUAGUAAGCACAUGUGGGCGUCUUCUUAACGACAUACGAGGUUUUCAAAGAGAAGGCAAGGAAGGAAAGUUGAACAGCGUGUCACUACGUAUUCUUCACAGUCAUGGUUCGGCUUCGGAAGAAGAGGUGAAGAAAGAGAUGCAAAGGGCCAUCGACGGGGGUAGGACUGAGCUCUUGAGGCUGGUGCUGCAACGAGAUGGAAGUGUCGUCCCAAGGCCUUGCAAGGAUCUCUUUUGGAAGAUGUGCAGGAUCCUGCAUGUCUUCUACAUGAAGACCGAUGGAUUUACUUCGCCAAACGAGAUGCUUGGCGCUGUGAAUUCAGUCAUUCAUGAACCACUAAAGGUCAGCCAUAAAUAAUCGAAUUCUUGGGGAAUAAGUGGAGGCGUUUGAUUGUUUUUUAUAAGCUAAACUGAAAUUGAUGAGUUUAUGGCAAUAAAUGAUUAUUAGGUUUCUCA